UGACGGCUGUGGAGAAUGCUCGAUCAGCGCUGCAGCUGCUUCGGUCCGGCACGGCGGCGAUCGACCUGAUUCUCGCGGAGGUGGAGCUGCCCAACGGCAAGGGCAUGAAGAUGCUCAAGCUCAUCGCGCGUGAAGAGCGCCUUCGGAAGAUUCCGAUAGUCAUGAUGUCGGCGCGCGACGAGAUGGCCAUCGUCGUGCGCUGUCUGCGUCUCGGCGCGGCGGAUUUCCUCGUGAAGCCAUUGCGGACGAACGAGCUCCUCAACCUCUGGACGCACAUGUGGCGCCGCCGCCGAUCCGCGUCUUGCAAGUUCGGCCUGACGGAGCGACCGCAGAACCUGGUGCCUGUGAGCAUGAACGACCUGCCACACGACUUCGUGUUCAUCGAUACCAGCGAGUCCAACACCGCAGCGCUCGCCGCCUCUACUUCCUUCAACCCAUCCCUGCUUGGCUGCUCUCCCUUCACCGGCACUCCACUGCUCUCAUCCGCAGCGCCAGUCAACGCCUUGCUGGGUCCAUCCGCGCCUUCUCUCAAUGCCUCAUUGCUCGCUUGCUCCAUAGACCUGAGCACCCUCGCUGCUACCACCACGCCACCAGGUCCUUCUGCGGCUAGCUCCUCAAGCCGCAGGAACGACGCGGGGUGUGGUGCAGGGCGAGGCGGUGCAGGGCAAGGCGGUGGAGGACGAGGAGGGAAAGAGAGAGCGGAUCCAGAAUAUGAGGAGGCAGAGGCGGACGGAGAGGGUAAGGCAGAAGGAGGGCGCAGAGCAGGAGAGAAGGUGAGGAGGCAGGUGGAAGGAUCGGGGGAGACAGGCAGGGAGGGCGAGGUGGGGGGGGAGGUGAGAGGCGUGGCAGGCAGAGAGUCCGCCAAAGCACCUGCCACAGCGCGAGGGAAAGACAGCUCCCCUGCAGGCGCAUCUGGGGGAGGCGGUGCGCCAGGCAGCGGGGGAAGCAGAACUGGGGGCGGAAGGGGGGCGAGUCUAGGGGGAACGGGGCGAGGCGAGGUGACUCAGCAGCUGCAGGCGCUGCAGGCACAGGACAUGUGUGGCAAUGGCUGUGGCAGCAGCAGCCGGGCUACCGACUACACUCCGUACAACAACCCUGUAGUACCGGUGCAGGCAGGCACCCUUGCCAGUGCUGGCAGCAGCAUGACCGGAGGACAGCUGGCGUCGUCCAAUUGGUGGGGCAGCACCGGCUCCGGCACAGGCAUGGGCAUGGGGACAGGGAUGGGCAUGGGAACAGGCACGGGGCCUGCUUGGGACAGCAGCUCGGUGCUUGCUGGCGCUGGUCCCUCCAGCACCACGCCUGGCGUUGAUGGCUUCACCGCUGCUGCGGCUGCUGCAGCUGCUGCUAUGGCAGCUGCUGCUGCUGCCACUGCAGCUCCGUCCUCCUCCCACCCAUUCGCAGGGCUCCUUCCGAACCAGCCUGCCGGCCCUCAUCCUUUCCCCUCCCACUCCUUCUCCCACCCUCUGCAAUUCCUCAACUUCCACCCCUCUCACACUCUCAACCAGGACUUGCAAUCACCUCCUGACUCCCUGAAUCCCCCAUCCUCCUCGCUCAUCCCCUUCCCGUGCACGCUCCCUCCAUUCGCCAGUCACAUGCAGAAUCAGCAGCAGAUGCUGUCUCAGGGCCAGCAGCAGAACCUGCCACCGCCGUUCCAGCACCUGCCACCACACAUAGCAGCCGCUGCUGCUGCUGCCGCAGCUGCAGCAGCGGCCUCUGGGCUUCCCCCUCAGCACCCACUAACUCAAUCCCUUGCUGCCGCUGCCGCUGCCGCUGCCGCCCUGCCGGGAAACCAGCUGACACAGACCCCUCACUUCAACCACCCGCAGCAUCACUCCCACCCGUUUUUUGCCGCUGCGGCUGCAGCAGCAGCAGCCUUCCCUCACCUCUCUCCAGAAGCAGCAGCAGCAGCUACUGCCAACCUGCACAUGUCAACCGGCAUGUCGACCCUUCCUCUUCCCACUCCUCCGUCAACCCAUUCUAUGUUCUCGCAUGACCUGCAAGGGACUGGCAGUGCAGGACCCCUACCCCCAACCUCCACAGCAGCAAUCGCCUCGGUUCAAGCCAUGCCCAUCCUUCCUCACAACCCCUUCUCCUUAUUCUCUGCAAUCUCUCCUCCCCAGCUGUCCCUUGCUGGGCCGGGGGUUCUGCACUCUGCCACACAGCCUGGACACCUUGCUGACAUGGCGGCGGGUGUAUCCUUGCUGGGAGCGGGUGGGGGAGGGGAUGGGGGGACAGGGGGUUACCCCUGGCCGGGGCAGGGGGGAGGGUUGCAUUUCUCUGCAGCGUCAAUGGCUGCGGCAGCAGCGGCUGCUGCUGCAACAGCUGCAUCAGGAGGUGGUAUGGGAGGGUGUGGUGGAGGAGAAGCAGGUGGGGGAAAUGUGGGAGGUGGUGUUGGUCCAGGGGGAGGGGGGGUGCAGAUGGAGAGGAGGGUUGAGAUGUAUGAUAGGAGGGAGGCAGCGCUGAGCAAGUUCAGGCAAAAGCGUGGAGAUUUCGCUGCUUGUCCGCCUCCCACCCAUUCACUCCCUUCUGUUCGUAGUGACUCUGGUUCGGCUGGUGCAGCUGACGUGGCCGGCGCGGGGAAGGCGCAGCAGAACGCGGGUGAUCCGUACGGGAAGAGGGUGCUGGGGCGGGCCGUCGUGCAGUGGAUGGCGCGCGGUAUUGCGCGGAUGGCGCAGGACGUGGCGGAGCGGGAGGCGCGCGGAGAGGAGGGGUUGGAGGGGGUGGCUGCUGGCGGAAGCAUGGCGGUGCUGGCGCUGGCGCAGGAUCACCUGCAUAGAGAGCCGAUGCCAGAUGGCGAGCAGCCGCGGUGCCACGUGGCGAUGAAUCACUACCCCACGGUAUUGGACCAUCUUCAGCGAGAGCUUCAGGCGGAGCUCAAGAGACGACAUGCACAGCAGGCGGGUACGGGGGAGCAGCAGGUCAAGGCUGUUGUGAAAGCAUGGAAUGAGAGCGCUUCGUGGAACGUUCUGAAACAGCUCAUGAAAUCUGGCCAACACCGGGCUACCAUCCGCCAGCCAAUCAGCACUCUCGCCGCUUCAGCUACCGCCUCCCAGAAGCGCCAGACAAACCUCGCCGCCCUCCUCUCCCCCUCCGCACUGCAAGCCGCCCAGCAGCGAAUCAACGCCUACGUGGCAACGGCCGCGGAGCUCCUCCAAUUGGAGCGAGACGCUGAGCUGGACGCAGUCGCUGCUGAGGUCAGCAACACCCAGUUAACAACUGCCUCCAGUCGCCCAGAGACUGAAGCCAUCAGCGAGGGUGCCAAAGAGAGGAGGAGGCGGAAGGAGCGAGGGGAGGUGGAGAGAGGGCUGGCGAGAGAGGGGGGCACUCUGACGGACUUAGUCGCUGUGGGAACGUCUACUGGGCUGGCCGGCGUGCAUCUCAUCACCCUCGCUUCCCCCAGCUCGGGUCUCCUUUCCGCCUCUACCCUCUCCCCGGGCGACGCCAUCUGUCUCUCCCCUGAUUGGUCCAAAUGCAGCCGCAUCGGCAGUGGGAGCAAGGCUGGUGCGCGUGCUGCUGCAGCAGCGGCGGCUGCUGUGUGCCACCGAGGGUAUGUGCACGAGAUGGGGGAAGAUGGGCAGAGCCUCGUGGUUGCACUGGACGGGAAGCUUGGCGUGGGCAGCAGCGGCACACGCAGUGGAGCGGGCACAAGUGGGUCGGAGAGUGAAGGGGAGGGCGGCAGCAGCAGCGGCGGGAGAGGGGCGUCCUCACCGUUGUAUUUGCAGGAGCUCUUUGGCGUGGCGCUCAGAGUGCAGCGCAUGUCAGGACUCGUGGACUUCACAACGUUCGAGCAGUAUCAGCUCCUAGCGUCGACCUCACAAGCCCCUCAUCCGCUUCAUGCUCUUCUUUUUUCCUUUCCGUUGCACAUCUUCCCCCCCUCAUGUCUCUGUCCCCCUCGUCUCGAAUGCCCCCCGCCCCGCCCAUCCUCCCGCCCACUCCCCAUCCCCACCUGGCAGCGCAAUUGCGAGGCACUGGAGCGACUCAAAACGUUCGCGCUCAAGCCCAAGAGCCCUGCUCGCGCCGUCGCUGCUGCCCUCUUCGCUCCCCCCCUUGCUGCUGCCCCUGCAACAGCUAUACCACCAACAUCCCCUGAAGCAUCUGGAAAUGCAGCCAGCACCGUCUCACCAUCGCUAUCCUCGUCCCCCCUGUCCUCCUCACCCUCCUCAUCCUCCUCCCCGACCUCAGCAUCCGCCUCUCCCUCCUCUCCUCAACCCUCCAUCCUCUCGUUCGACCCCAGUCAGCUGGCAGCCAUUCAUCUCGCCCUGGACCCUGCCCGCCCUGUGGUGGCCAUUCAGGGCCCCCCAGGCACCGGCAAGACGUCCGUUGUCACGGAGAUUAUCGCCCGGGCAGUCAGAGAGGGGCGCAGAAGGGAGAGGGAUGAGGAGGAAAAGAGGCAGGCGGAGGAGGAGGACGAGGAGGAGGAGGAGGAGGAGGAGGGGGAGGGGGAGGUGGAAGGUGGGCGGGGGAUGGACACUGGAAAGCAAGCACCAGGUGAUGCGAGGACGAAGCAGCAGCGAACAAAGAAGCACCGGGUGCUGGUGUCAGCGCCCACCAACGCGGCAGUGGACGUGCUCGUGGAGCGCCUAGCCUCCCAGGGCCUGGCAGUCGCUCGGGUAGGCAACCCCAUGCGCCUCUCCCCUGCCGUCACGCCCUACUCCCUGGACCACCUUGUGGCCGCCCGCCUGCGCUCCUUCCACCAAGACGUUGCCCGGCGCCGCCGCGACCUCAGGUCGGAUCUCCGCGCUGUCGGCUCCGACUCCGCCCUGCGCUCCGCGCUCCAGAAGAUGCUGCGGCGCCUGGCGCGCGUGGAGAAGCAGCGGGAGAAGGAGGAGGUCGCGCAGGUGCUGGGGGAGGCCGAGGUGAUUCUCUGCACCACCACGGGGGCCGGGGAGAAAGUGGUGCAGGACAUGGCGAGGCAGGAGGGCGGGUUCGACCUGGUGGUCCUAGAUGAGGCAGGGCAGGCUACGGAGCCGUCUAGCUGGAUACCUUUACUGCUGGGGCGACGAGCUGUGGUGGCUGGGGAUCCGUGGCAGCUGGCGCCUACAGUGCAGUCUGUGGAAGCCCAGCAGCGGGGGCUGGGGGUUUCGCUCAUGGAGAGGAUUCAGGAGGAGGGGCUGCUGGGGAGUGGUGGGGGAGAGGGGACGGUGGAGAACGGUGGGGAGCGGUGCGGUGGCAGUGUUGCUAUGCUGCGAGUGCAGUACCGCAUGCACCGAGCCAUCUCGGACUGGAGCUCUGAGGAGAUGUACCACGGGCAGCUCAUGGCCUCGCCUGCUGUUGCCAACCGCACCUUGGCUGACAUCACACUGCCUUCUCCUCCUGGCCCCCACUCCUCCUCAUCAUCAUUCCCCCAGUCCUCCUCCCACUCCCUCCCCCCUCUCCUAGCCCAUCCAAUGCUUCUGAUCGACACGCGCUCCCCCCGUGGUCUGCUGCACGAGCACUGCGAGGAGGCGCCUGAUGCAGCAGGCACGGGGUCGCUGGUCAACGAGGGCGAGGCCGACUUGGUCGUGGAUCACGUCGCUCGUCUUAUCUCGGCCGGCGUGCCACCCGGGUCCAUUGCCGUGCAGUCGCCGUACCUCGCCCAGGUGCAACUCAUCCGCCAGCGCCUCGAGGAGCGCCUGGGCGGCAUUGUUUGGCCGCACGCUGUGGCUCGGGAGGCCGGGGAGGGAGAGGAAGGAGGAGGAGGGGGUGCUGGGGAAUGGGAUGUGGGGGCGGUGGAGGUGGCUAGUGUGGAUAGCUUUCAGGGGAGGGAGGCAGACGCUGUUAUUAUCUCCAUGGUUCGGUCCAACCCAUAUGGUUCAGUCGGGUUCCUCGGGGACCGUCGCAGAAUGAAUGUAGCGGUGACACGUGGCAGGCGCCACGUGGCAGUUGUUGCUGACUCAGCAACGGUCGAGCAGCAGCGCGCUGAGGGAGCUGUUAGCGGACGCGGACGAGGUGGGCUCGUUCAUAAACACGCCGUGGACUCAUCUCACCGCAUUUCCAUCCACUGCACUCCUCCUAACCGCCCUGCCUCCACUGUCCCCCCCAUCCUGCGAGCAGAGGUUUCCCUGCCGCGGCUGCUGAAGGGCAGCAUCGCGCUGAGUGAACUAUUUAACAACGCGGACGAGUAUCCUCUACCGCGGCUACUGGAGGGUAGCACCGCGCUGAGGGAACUAUUUAACGACGCGGACGAGGUGGACGAGUUUAUAGACGCGCUGUGGACGCGCAUGGACCUGGAUGGUGACGGCACCGUGACCAUGCACGAGAUUCGCCCCAUGCUGCCUGCGCUUGGGCUCUUUCCCCAACCCCUGCCCAUCUCCACCGGUGGGUUGCCCCUGCGCAGAU